UUGCUAGCUAGUCGUGAAGUUUGGGUCGCAGCAUAAUUGAGCUAAGGAGACCGUUUGCGCCUUUAUUUGUUCAGUUUUUUGGCCUUUAUCUGGAUUUAUUUAAAAACGCAUCCCCGUACCUCGUUGUUAACUUCGUCGUAAUAAAGAAGAAGGUUUCAGGACGCGGAUCUAACAUGGAAACAGGAAGCCGGCUUGUUGUGCUGUGGUUAACGUUACUUCUCACUGCUGUGAUGUCUCCCUGUGUUCAUGCCAUCGACCCGAAGCAGAUUGACCCUCUGCUGUAUGAGGAGCAGCUGCUGUGGGUGAGCGGAGUCGAGGGGAACGUGAACACCUACAGGGUCCCGCUACUCACCUACACCCCCAAAGGAAGCCUGCUGGCUUUUGCAGAGGGCAGGAAGUUGUUGGCCAGCGAUGAAGGGUCAAAGUUCAUCGCAAUGCGGAGGUCCACAGACAAAGGAGCCACCUGGUCCCCGACCUCCUUUAUUGUCGAUGAUGGAACCAUAUCGGAUGGCCUGAACUUGGGCUCGGUGGUGGUGGACGAGGAAGCGGGCUCAGUGAUUUUGAUCUUCUCCGUGUGCUUCCACCUCCACGGCUGCCGCCCGUCCAGCACCAUGAUGGUGGAGAGCAAAAACGACGGCCUCAGCUGGAGCGCCCCCAGAAACCUCUCGGUUCAGCUCGGAGUCAAGAACUUCGCUCCCGGGCCGGGCUUCGGCAUCCAGAAGCGCUACAGCCCAGCUAAGGGGAGGUUGGUGGUGUGUGGUCAUGGUACAUUGGAGGGAGAUGGAGUUUUCUGCAUCCUGAGCGACAACCACGGACGUAACUGGACCAACGGCGCCGCACUGAAAAGCAUCCCUUACAACCAGCCGAAGAGGCCACAGGACUUCAACCCUGACGAGUGCCAGCCGGUUGAGAUGCCAGACGGCAGCAUCGUCAUCAACGUGCGGAACCAGAACAACUACCACUGCCGGUGUCGUGUGGUGGCACGCAGCCGUGACGGUGGAGAGUCCCUGCCCAUAGAUGAUGUAACCUUCGACUACACGCUGGUGGAUCCUGUCGUAGCUGCUGGAGCUCUGCAGAAAGACGGAGUGCUCUACUUCACCAACCCCGCUAAUGAGCAACACAGAGUUAACCUGACCCUGCGAUGGUCGGUGACCCACGGCAAAUCUUGGGAGAAUAAAGUUCUGCAGAUAUGGGCGGGGCCGAGCGGCUACUCCUGCCUCACAUCACUGAACAGCGGGUCCCCAGAGGAUGAGAAGUACAUCUUUGUCAUCUUCGAGAAGGGCAAAAAGGACUAUGACGAGACCAUCUCGUUCGUCAAGAUCCACCUGUACGGUGGCCAGUAGAGCAUGUGGGAGGCAGGUGAGCAGAAGAACUGUUAAGCUUGAGGUUCAAAUGUUGGCAAGAAAAGGGAAACAGGAAGAUGCUGAUUACUCCGAAGGCUUCUUCAGGACAAAAAUUAGAGACUUUCUAAACUGACUUUAUGAUAUUACAUAUGGGAAAAUAGGAGGAUCAGUGCCAUGAAUUUCCAAUUCUCUCCUUAUUUUAUCUUCCUCCUCUCUAAAAUUCCCACUGUUGAUUAAUUCUCACAAGUCUCAUGUCCAUUUUUGGGUUUGGACAUGUUACCAAAGUAUUUUACCAAGUGCUGCUAAAACUUUGCACAGCCACAAUAUUUUCCUUGUUCCUAGAUGAAGAGUAAAUAUGAUUAAGUAAGGGACAGGCUUGAACACAAUAAAUGUUGCCAAUUAUUUUUCAGACCAAAUACACUUGUUUCCAAGCAACUUCAAUCGCACUGUUGUAUAAAUAUCAUCCAUUUUGAAGUUGACAACUACAUUUUACAGGAAAUGAUGAUGACAGUGAAGUAUCACAGUCGCAGGCCAAUGACUUUCAGCUGUGUUGUCAGGCUUUAUCAAAUGAAUAUAAUGUUAAUGCAAUAUAGAUUUUAGCACCUAUGUCAUAGAUCAUCUUUCACUAAUUUACCUCACAAACCAGCAGAUUCACUUUUUGCUUACUGAUGGUGUGAAAUGAUUCCUUUUUGCGCAGAUAUGUAUCAGAAUUUCAUACUGAAAUUGCCUACUUUGAAAUUGUAUCUGUACUUUUUUUUUUUUGCCUUUAAGUUGCGUGUGUGUUCCAUGAACACAUGCUGAUUGAAAUUGUUUAUGCGUUUGUAAAAUUAGAAAUUAUGUAAACCGGAAAUGUAAUGUUAAUAGUCUUUUAUUAUGACACUGAACUUGAAUGCUAUCUCCAAUUUAGUGUGUGUGUGUGAGAGAGAGAGAGAGAGAGUGAGGAGGUGAGUACAUAAUGUUGCAAAAGUGUCCUCUUUUGCACUUGUGCAGAACGCACUCAGAUAUUGGAAUCAAUGCAUUAUCAUUGAAAUCAAGGGUCUGAUCUGUACUAUCUGUAGAAUAAAUACAUGAUUU